AGCCAAUCGGAAGACGCGCUUUGGUUUGUUGUUGGUAAUGAUGACAUGAAAAUAUUUGUUGUUACUGGAAGGAGAGCGUGUGAAGGAAGGGCCUGACAGGGACACUCGCCUUAAACGAAACAUCAUAAAACAUUAUACCGGUCGAUCUCAAGGAGAUUUCCGUUCACGGGAGUCGCGGAGGAGCGAAUUGCGGCGAUGUCGGUGAACAUGGACGAACUGAGACAUCAAGUGAUGAUUAACCAGUUUGUUUUGACUGCGGGCUGUGCGGCAGAUCAGGCGAAGCAGCUUCUGCAGGCGGCGCACUGGCAGUUCGAGACGGCCCUGAGCUCCUUUUUCCAAGAGGCAAAUAUCCCCAGUCACCACCACCAGAUGAUGUGUACUCCACGCAACACUCCGGCCACGCCACCCAACUUCCCCGAUGCCAUCACCAUGUUCUCGAAGCUGCGGGCGUCUGAAUGCACAGGCGGCAAUGGCAGCGGAUCCUCUGCCCAGGUGUCCAUGGCGUGCUCUCCGCCUCCUCACUCCCCCGCUCAGGGAUUUGGUUCUUUCUGGGCGGCGUCGCCCCCCAGCCACCAGCCCGUCUGGCUACCCCCGUCCUCACCCACAGGCCACCACACACUCCAUCACCACCACCAUCACAUGCACCAGCUGCCCACGUGGCCGCCCGUCUCCCAGCCCGCCAACGGGCAGCAAACACCCGUCAUUUCAGCUCUGCAUGGCCAGAGAUGAGACUCUGAGGUUAGGGGUGAACCAGGGAGGGCCGGAAGUGUAAAUUGGGGCGUUGAUACACAGUUUAACGGGGCGGGACGUGAUCUUGGGAAUUGAAAGACUGUGGAUAGCCAAGGGGAAAGACAUGGUACUCUUUCUUUCUAUUUUCUAAAAGAAAAUGAACAAUCGCUCUUGUUUUGGAGAUCUUGAUUUGUUCUUUUUAUCUAUUGUCAAUUUAAGUUCUGUCCAAGCCUGGGAAGAACCACUAUUAUAAAAAAAAAAGAUAUAAAGAGGUGGCGCAGCUUCAGAGACCCAAUCUCUGAAGCCCAAUCUCGUUUUCUGCUUACAGCAGAAGAAAAGACACGGAGCCAGCUGUGCACGGACAGGAAGAUUUUAUGAGAGUUUGUACGCGUGUAAGUGUGAGAUUGGACUGGUCUUCUGUUCUUCUGUACUCUGACUGUAUCCUCUAUAGUGCUGUGUCAGCAAAAAAAACACUCGCAAUAAACGUCUGACAAACGAGAAGACUGAAUCUCAUAUCAUGGUGGUCAUGUUUUCCAUCCCAGAAUGCAUCAGAAGGACAUUUCUGUAGAGAUAUUGUCGAUUGAAUUCUUAAUGAGACUAUUAUAUGAUGAUACAUCACAUCAUAUAUUUGUUAAAGACGCACAUUUUCAAUGGGUGCAUGGCCUCAGACAAUAAAAAUCAAGUGGAUUUUUUUGGUCAAGAUAUAAGUGGAAAAGUUAUAAAAAUGAGUGAAUGUGAAGAGUUUGCAAUAAUUCUGGGGAGAAUUUAUUCAAAUGAGCCCAGCCAUCACAACACUGUCUAUUUAAUUUGGUUAUUUAGUAUGAAUGCAAAGUUUUUUUUUGUUUUUUUGCUUGAUAUAUCCCCAACUUUUAGCAUGUACGCAGUAAAAUCAGGAAUGCUUUUUAUGUUUAAACUUUGUAUUUCUCCACAACAAUUUGCGAGCCUAGAGUCAAGAUUGAACACUGCAAAAUAAAAAUCUUUCUUAAUCAGUAUUUUAUUCAGAAACAGUAUGUUAGUCUUGUUUUCUAGUAAUUAUACUAACUACAAAUACUUAAAAUACUUUUACUAGCAAAUUUGUGUAAGGUAAGACUUGCAUCUUUAGAAUAAGAACGCAUUAUUCAUCUUUAGGUAAGAAUACAUCUUUCAGAGAAAAUUUCUGCCCCCAUUUCCUUGGUUUAGCAUGAAACCACACACAUUUUGUUAGAUUUAUGCUUGGAAUAAGAAAGAAAACCCAUUUCUAGUGGGUUAAGAAAAAUAAACUUGAAAAAAAAUCUGAGAUAUGUUCUCUGAAAACAAGUUUUGAUACCUCAUCCAAUUUUGCAUUUUAAGUAAAUUUUGUUUUAAGGAAGUUGAGGUAUUUUUAUUGAAAAAUAAAGCAAAAAUACUGAUUAAGAUAUAUAUAUAUAUAUUUUUUUUAAAUUUUUUUUUUUGCAGUGAUUUAAGUGUUGUUUUUUGACCCUAGAAAACUAAAUAUACUAGUGCAAUCUUGUUUAAAUUGUAAAGCUAAUGAAAGGUCUAAAGUUUGGAGGUCACAAGCUCUAUGUAUCCACACAACCGGCAGAGUAAAGCUCAGCUCCACCUACCUCUGCUCCAGCCGUGGCCUGAUCGUACCUCUCAACGGCUGAAUGAGCUCUCUGUGUGAGCUGCAGCGAUGGAGGGCUCAAAUACCUCAUGAUCAUUGCUGAAUGAGGUGUCUGAAACUGAUCAGACUUGGCUCAGACAUCUCAGGUGGAAGAGAACUGAUCUAGUAUCAUUUAUUGGCAUUUGUGUCCUACUGAUUGCAAUGUAAAGCGGGAAGGCCGACCCCAGAUCAGAACAUUGAUUGCCAGUGGGAGUUUGAUGACAUGUUUCUUGUUUUAUUUUUGCAUGAUGUCACCUUUCCUUUCAUAAGUUCAUUAAAGACAAUCAAUGUUGCGGUCAUUCAGAUUAGUUGUGGUUCAGAAUGGACCUUAGUCAGGGUGGACCAUGUUUGAUUUGAAGCAAAUGAAAAUGAGGCUGUGAGGAAUAAAUGUACAGCCUGUUCAAUAUGUUGUACUGUUGUGUACCUUGGUGUUGGUUAUUAAGACCGUAAACCAUUUAAAAUGUGUCCAAAAAAUUCCAGUGGACAAAACUCAAAUGAAACAUGAUUUAAAAAAAAACGUUUUUUUUUUUUGUUUUUGUUUUUGUUUUUUUUUGGACAUGAAACCCAUUAGCCCUCGUUCGCGUAACAUGAGUAAAAGUGUAAAAUUUGCACAAAUGCAUUUCAUGAAUAAGGCCUGUUGUUCGUAACAACCGUUGAUAAAAACAUUCUUGCAUAAAUUGGCACAUUGAGCUACUACACUUGCAAAACAAAUUUGUGUACAUUUUUCGUAAAUCUAUUCUUGGGGAUUCGCUUUACACAAAUUCGUUUUCUUUUUGUUUCAUGAGUGUGGCCUAUUGUUUGUAACAACCAAUCAUAAAGCCUUUCUUUAAAAAAUUGCCAGAUUGAAUAUAAACAUGAGCAGAAUGAAUUUUGGUGUAAAAGUUGUUUACUUGUUUCAAUUGAAUGUGUCAAUUUACGAAAGAAUGGUUUUACGAAGGAUUUACGCAGAUAUUCAUUCUACUCUUGUUUCAAUUGAAUUCGUCAAUUUACGAAAGAAUGGUUUUACGAAGGAUUUACGCAGAUAUUCAUUCUACUCGUGUUUCAAUUGAAUGUGUCAAUUUACGAAAGAAUGGUUUUACGAAGGAUUUACGCAGACAUUCAUUCUACUCUUGUUUCAAUUGAAUUCGUCAAUUUACGAAAGAAUGGUUUUACGAAGGAUUUACGCAGAUAUUCAUUCUACUCUUGUUUCAAUUGAAUUCGUCAAUUUACGAAAGAAUGGUUUUACGAAGGAUUUACGCAGAUAUUCAUUCUACUCGUGUUUCAGUUGAAUUCGUCAAUUUACGAAAGAAUGGUUUUACGAAGAAUUUACGCAGAUAUUUAUUCUACUCGUGUUUCAAUUGAAUUCGUAAAUUUACGAAAGAUUAGCUUUACGCAGACACUUGUUCUAUUCGUUUCAACUGAAUGCAUCAGUUUACAAAAGAUUGGUUUACGAAGGAUUUAAGCAGACGUUCUUUCUACUCGUGUUCCAAUUGAAAGUGUCAAUUUAUGUUAGAAUGCUUUUAAGGAGGAUUUACACCUAAAUUUAUUCAGCUCAACCAUUCUUUUGUCAGAUUUUACAACUAUUUGCACACAAAAAAAAUAAUUCUGCUCAUGUUUCGUGAAUGAGGCCCUUUGAACGCACUGUACGUCUGUACUUCAUAGCUUUGUUUUAAUUCGUGCCAAAUUAAAUAAAACAUGCACUCUGACUUAGAUCCAUUGAAGAACGAUUUUGAGCAUUAGCCAUUUUCAUUUAACCAUAAACAGCUUCUGUUUUAUGCCCCCAAAAUGAAUAGAAAGCAUGUGAAAUGUGAAAAGUAUGCACAGUUUUUGGAAAACGUCAACAGAACGAGAUUGCAGGCCUUCAGUUGCAUCUGGUUUCUGUCAUUUAUCUUGUAGAAAGAAACUUGUUGGUCUACAUAGGGGAAAAAUAAGUGUUGUGGGCAUCUGGGAAGUAGGUCAUUUCCCUCUGGGAUUAUUUUGGUGUCGCAUUCUGCAUCGGUGUAAAAACUGAGAAUCUGAACUCUGUCUAUAUAAUCUCGCAAACGGCAAUCGCUCAACAUCUCCAACUGCCAAACCAGUGCCUUGAGGCUGGAACGGUGUCAAUUUUAUUCAGCUGUUGCUCUGUAAGGAUAGCCGGGCUUGGGCUGAAGCCCCAUGGCAACAGGGCUAAUACUCUCAAAUGUCAUUCUCUCAAGCUCUGGAAGGCAGAAGCAUUGACUGUUUGAACAGUUGCAAUGUCACCCAUCUCAGAUCAACAGUCUCGCUCUAGUUGUAAGACCAUAUGAUGUCACGGACACCAUUGGCGGACGAUUAGAUUCUUGGGGUUCUUGUUUGUUUAGACUGUGGCUUUGAUGAACAACAUACACAGUGAAUCAUUAAGAGGCAGGAGUGCUGACUGAUUCCUUCAUCAUCAAGAAUAAGACAUUCUUAGCAAACAGCCUUUUGUAUUCAUUUCCCUCCUGUAUUUUCUGUUCUUUUCCCUUGUUGAGAUUUGUAUUUAUAUGUCUGACAAAAAAGCUAUGAUCUGAAACCAUUUUGGAGGUCAUUGUGUUUUUAUUAAGGUCAUAAUAAAUGAUUUAAUGACUA